AUGAGACAAAUUCUGAUAGGGGGCAUCCUGCAAGGUACCCGACCAGUACUCCUUAAAAUGACCAAAGUCAUCAAAAACAAGGAAAGCCUGAAAAACUGCCAGACCCAAGAGAAACUGUAUUGUCAGCUUCUCCACCUCCACCACCAGUCCCUCGGAUACAUGAAGCAAAACACAAACCCAGAGAACUCACUGGAUCCACCCAGGCGCCCCUGUUUUGGAGACAUAUGUAGAGUGUGUCGGUCAGAAGGAACACCUGAGAAACCUCUUUAUCAUCCUUGUGUAUGUACGGGCAGUAUUAAGUUUAUCCAUCAAGAAUGCUUAGUUCAGUGGCUGAAACACAGUCGAAAAGAAUACUGUGAAUUAUGCAAGCACAGAUUUGCUUUCACACCAAUUUAUUCUCCAGAUAUGCCUUCACGGCUUCCCAUCCAAGACAUAUUUGCCGGACUGGUUACAAGUAUUGGCACUGCAAUACGAUACUGGUUUCAUUAUACACUUGUGGCCUUUGCAUGGUUGGGAGUUGUUCCUCUUACAGCAUUGGUGGUAGAGAUUGGAGUGUUCCCUCUCAUUUGUGGCUGGUGGCUGGAUAUCUGUUCCCUGGAAAUGUUUGAUGCUACUCUGAAAGAUCGAGAACUGAGUUUUCAGUCAGCUCCAGGUACUACCAUGUUUCUGCAUUGGCUAGUGGGAAUGGUGUAUGUGUUCUACUUCGCCUCCUUCAUCCUCUUGCUGAGAGAGGAAAUAACGGUGCUGGAAAUACCAAAAGGGAUAUGGUUUUGCAGGAUCAAAAUGGACAAUUUAUUGGCGGAUUGUUUGCAGGGUUGUUUUGUGGUAACAUGCACACUGUGUGCAUUCAUCAGCCUUGUGUGGUUGCGAGAGCAGAUAGUCCAUGGGGGAGCACCGAUUUGGCUGGAGCAUGCUGCUCCACCCUUCAAUGCGGCUGGGCACCACCAAAAUGAGGCUCCAGCAGGAGGAAAUGGUGCUGAAAAUGUUGCCCCCGACCAGCCUGCUAACCCACCAGCCGAGAACGCCGUGGUGGGAGAAAACCCCGAUGCCCAGGAUGAUCAGGCAGAAGAGGAGGAGGAGGACAAUGAGGAGGAGGAUGACGCGGGCGGGGAGGAUGCAGCCGAUGCCAACAACGGGGCCCAGGAUGACAUGAACUGGAAUGCUUUAGAGUGGGACCGAGCUGCAGAAGAGCUUACGUGGGAAAGAAUGCUAGGACUUGAUGGAUCGCUAGUUUUUCUAGAACAUGUCUUCUGGGUGGUGUCUUUAAACACAUUGUUCAUUCUUGUUUUUGGUAAGUGUUGCAGACAACUCUGGUCCUUCUUUAUUGUCUUUGGCUCCAUUGUCCUACUGAUGCUCUGGCUUCCUAUACGUAUAAUUAAGAGUUUGCUGCCUAAUUUUCUUCCAUACAAUGUUAUGCUCUACAGUGAUGCUCCAGUGAGUGAACUGUCCCUUGAGCUGCUUCUGCUUCAGGUGGUCUUGCCAGCGCUGCUUGAACAGGGACACACGCGGCAGUGGCUGAAAGGGCUUGUGCGAGCAUGGACUGUUACUGCUGGAUACUUGCUGGAUCUUCAUUCCUAUUUAUUGGGAGACCAGGAAGAAAACGAGAACAGUGCAAAUCAACAAGUUAACAAUAAUCAGCAUGCUCGAAAUAACAACGCUAUUCCCGUGGUGGGGGAAGGCCUACAUGCAGCCCACCAAGCCAUACUCCAGCAAGGAGGGCCGGUUGGCUUUCAGCCUUAUCGUCGGCCUUUAAAUUUUCCACUCAGGAUUUUUUUGUUGAUUGUCUUCAUGUGUAUAACCUUACUGAUUGCCAGCCUCAUCUGCCUUACUCUACCAGUAUUUGCUGGCCGUUGGUUAAUGUCAUUUUGGACGGGGACUGCCAAAAUUCAUGAGCUCUACACAGCUGCUUGUGGUCUCUAUGUUUGCUGGCUCACCAUAAGGGCAGUGACGGUGCUCGUGGCAUGGAUGCCACAGGGACGCAGAGUGAUCUUCCAGAAGGUUAAAGAGUGGUCCCUCAUGAUCAUGAAGACUUUGAUAGUUGCCGUGCUGUUGGCGGGAGUUGUCCCGCUCUUGCUGGGGCUCCUGUUUGAACUGGUUAUUGUUGCUCCCCUGAGGGUUCCCUUGGAUCAGACUCCUCUUUUUUACCCAUGGCAGGACUGGGCACUUGGAGUCCUGCACGCCAAAAUCAUUGCAGCUAUAACACUGAUGGGUCCUCAGUGGUGGUUGAAAACAGUAAUUGAGCAGGUUUAUGCAAAUGGCAUCCGGAACAUUGACCUUCACUAUAUCAUUCGUAAAUUGGCAGCGCCAGUGAUCUCUGUGCUCUUGCUUUCCCUGUGUGUACCUUACGUCAUAGCGUCCGGCGUUGUUCCUUUACUAGGUGUUACUGCGGAAAUGCAAAACUUGGUCCACCGGCGAAUUUAUCCAUUUUUACUGAUGGUUGUGGUAUUGAUGGGGAUCUUGUCCUUCCAGGUCCGCCAGUUCAAGCGCCUUUAUGAACACAUUAAAAAUGACAAAUACCUUGUGGGCCAACGCCUCGUGAAUUAUGAACGGAAAUCUGGCAAACAAGGCACAUCUCCGCCACCUCCACAGUCGUCCCAAGAAUAAAGUGGUUGUCUCAGCUACCUUGACCUUCCCCUUGCCUUUACGUGUCCUUUUUUGUGGACUUCUCUCUUUGGAGAUUUUUCCCAGUGAUCUCUCAGCAUUGUUUUUAAGUUAACUGUAUUUGACUUGUGUUCUCAGCAUUCAGAGAGCAGCAGUGCAAGGCUCUGCUGCCCUUCCUGCAUCUUCCGACAUCAUAGCUGUUUGAGAUCUGUACAUGUGUAAAUAGAAGUUCCUGGAUACCCUAAAACCUUGGAUUAAACAGAAUGUGCAUUGUACAUCUUUAAACAAAAUGUAUAUUAAUUUAUUAAAUCUAGUUGUCACUUUAUUUUGGACCUGCUGUGAUCUUGACAGGAAACGUGCCACAGAGCCAUAGUGCAAAGGCAAGACUUUUUAAUGACGUCUUUUGGAGCGCAAGUAUCAUGGUGUUCCUAGCGGUUCGUAUUAAGUAAACUGUACAUUCUGUCUUUCUUGGCUGUUCAGACCUCACCAAGAACUUGAAAGGAAACAAGUAGAAAUCAGCAGUGGAGUGUUUGUGGUAAGAGAACAUGAACUCUGUGCUUCACUGUCAAUCGUUUUUGGAAGUUAUUUUGUAUAGCACCAAAGCUGUUGUACAUUUUCUACUGCUUGAUUUUUUUUCACAUGUCUGUGUUUAUAAUAUUGUAUAGUAUCUUGUGCUAGGUGAGGAAAUUCUUUUUAAUUUUGAUAAUUUAAUAUUCCUAGUGAUCAGCAUUAGGGGUUGGGAUUUUGUGCUUGUUAGGGGCAUGUCUAUGUUUAGAGAAAACAAGUCCACAAGAACAUUUUCAUUAGUUCCCUCCAGCCCCCCUUUUCCAUACACAGCUGUCUUUUUUUCCUUUUUGGCAGCAGUGGCCAGAAGUCAUGCAGGAUCACAAGUCUUAUAAAAUAACAUCACCAACAAUGCAUCAUACUGGAAUUAGAACACACUGAGAUGUUUCUUAAAUGUAGAUAUGGUUUGUGGUCUUAGACCAGCAGCAUUAGAGAAGACUGGUUAGAACACCUGGUCCUGCUGGUUAGUGCACCGUUGGGUGAGGAUUAGGGAGUACAUUUUUCCUAGUUUUCCAUGAGUAAAUCCCAAAGUUGCCAGAGCUUUUUAUUUACAGAAUUGAACUACAAAUAAAACCAACUUGAUUGUAGUUGUCCAGAAGGAAGCUGGCUUGAGCUGGCCUUUCAACAUAGGAGUGAAGAAUGUAUUUCAUUGGAAAUGUGUUGUAAAAUCUCAGAAAACUGAAUACUUAUAAAUUUGGUUUCCCCUUAUAACCAAAGCUUCAAGUAAGGAGUUUAGAGAAAUAGAACAGUUGGGCACAUAAUCCAAGUAUUUAAUGGUAAUGGUAUAUUGUAAGGGUGGUGUUUGCUUUUGAAUAAUAACCUAGAAAUUCUCAGAGAAAAAUGGACAGCAUAGGUCUUCAGGAACUCUUAAAGAGUUUCCAUAUAGUAUUAAAAUGUAUAGAGUCUAAUCUGAAGAUUUUUUAAAUAUUAAAGUCAGCCAAACAUAAGCUACCAAAACAAACAUGUUCUGGUUGUUUUAUAUUUCAACAAUUUUUCCCAAAGUGUGGUGAUUACUUUACUUUAAAAAUAUAUUUUAAAACAUCAGUAUCAAAAAAAAAAGCUUGACUUAGGGUUCAGUGUUACACUUUUUGGCACUUUGUAGCAGUCCUUUCUCUUGUAAUCUGAAAUAAGGUCUUUGCUUAACCCUACCUUUACUUAGAAAUUUAGUCCUACUUUAAAAAAUUAAGAGCAUUUUAAAAUGUAAUGCCACCUGUUGUGGUGUGUUUCUAUAUAAAUUGUUCUCUUUGGGAGAAAAAUAUUAUCAAUUGGUCACAUAACUUGAUUAUAUUAAUUUAAAUUUCUUUUUUAAUUUUUCAGAGAAUUUGUAGAUCUUGAUAUAAAGUCAUUGGAACACAUUUAUCUGUUUUACCAGGAAGAGCUCUAGGCAGAUACCAUAAAAGAUUAAAAAUUGUUAUUCUACAGAAUUUUAAAUGAAUCUUACCAGAUAUUUUGUAAAAAAAAACAAAAACAAAAAAAAAAACCAAACUUAUAUAUGAAUGUGUAUGAAUGGCCAAAAGUUGCCCUCCAUUUCACUGGUGAUAACUUUAUCUUGUUGUACUUAAGGAUUUCCUCUUGGUUUUCAGUUGUGCUUUGUCCUCUUUUCGAUCAGAUGAAUACUUCCGUAAGGAAAGCAUUUGCUGGCAUAAUAUUUACAUGGGUAGCAUCAGGAUUUUAUUAUUAACCAACAGUCUUAUAAACAUUUGAAACCUCUAGUUCAGAAAGUCCUAGUAUUGCUGCCCUUCUUCCUGUAGAUUUUUUUUUUAUAUAAAAUAGCAUAGUUUUGCUUCAUUUUACAUGUCUUCAAGGAAGUUAAUUAGGAAGGACCUUUUUGCUUUAUUUUUAACUUUAUAAAUUGAAAACAAAUCAACAUUUGGGAGUUAGUUUCACAUGACCACUUAUCAAAUGGUCAUAGUAUGAAGUGUGCAGUUGUUCCUUAUUAGCAAAUUAUGUUUGAUUUUUAAACUACUAAAUACUAAUAGUUGAGGUGAAAACUGAAGAAAAUGCCAAUGUGAAGUUUAUGUAUAGCUAGCCUUAAAGUUCCAUGUUUUUAGGUGAUUUUUUUCCUGUUUGCUGGAGAAACAGUGGAAAUUGGACAUCUCAAUUCCAGAUGUAAACAAAAAGUAAUUUUUUAUUUCAACAUCUAAUAUAGCUGUUAUUACUGUGGAUUCUUGUGUUUUUUUCUUUCCCUUAUUCAAGUAAUAGAGAAUAACCUUUUCUUAAAUGAUUUGGUCUUAGAGAUGUCAUUUCUGUAUUGGCAAAUGCUAUUAUUAAAAUGUAACUCUUGAAUUUAGGUUGAAUUCAUGACUUUUUAAAACAAAGAAGCAGUGGACAUUUCUCCAUUGUAUUGUGUUUACACCCCCCCAACACACGUGCGUGUGCGCACACACAUGAGAAUGUAGCGCCAGUCUUAAGAACACUGGCACUUUUUUCAACUUCACAGGUUAGCUACCUAUUCUUCUCACUUUCAGGAUUGAGUAUUUUAAGCUCUAAUGACCAGUUUUAUACAUUGUAAAAUGAAAUGAUUAUGUUUAAAAGACUGCUUUAGAAUGUUGCCUACUCAGUUCCCAUCAAGAAGAGACAAAAGUAAAAUGUCUUGCCACCAAAGUAUUAUUAAAAACCUCGUUUGUGGAGAUUCUCUCACUCCCUUGGGCUGUCUGUAUCUCCUUAUUAAUUUGGGCACGUUUCCUUCUCUCCCUCUUACUGCCCUGUGUCAUUUUUAAAAGCAACCACUUUAGGUAAGGGUUUCAUUCAAACCUCUAGCAAUAUGUUUGGCAUGGAUACAAUAAAGUUAGGACAGUGUAUAUCUGUUUUCAUUCCCAUCUGUUUUGUAUGAGUGCCUCGUUCUGUCAUGAGAGUAAAGUAGUACCGUAAUGGAAAUGUAAUGACUGUAAGGCCUAGGAAUGACUGUCUUAGAGGGUAAAUAGAACACGUAGUUAUUUGGGACAUCAAUUUUCUAUUAAAGCAAACACCUUAGAUACCCAGACCAAUUUUAUGUGUAUAUAUUCUAAAAUGCUCCCUUUUUUAUGUGGUGGUUUGUUGCCUUCUAAGUCAAGAGAACAAAAUUGAAUAAAGUGAAUGUUAGUUGUA